UAGUCGAACUUGAGUAGACAACAAGCCAAGAGAAUGAUCAAGUCCAUUGCUGCGAUAGUCCUGCUGGUGGCUCUGGCCAGUGCCGAGCUGCACCGCGUGCCGAUCCUCAAGGAGGAGAACUUCGUGAAGACGCGCCAGAAUGUCCUGGCCGAGAGGUCCUACCUGCGCACCAAGUACCAGCUGCCCUCCCUCCGCAGCGUGGACGAGGAGCAGCUGUCCAACUCGAUGAACAUGGCCUACUACGGUGCCAUCUCGAUCGGCACUCCCGCCCAGAGCUUCAAGGUGCUCUUCGACUCCGGCUCCUCCAAUCUGUGGGUGCCCUCAAACACCUGCAAGAGCGAUGCCUGCCUGACCCACAGCCAGUACGAUUCCAGCGACAGCUCCACCUACGUGGCCAACGGGGAGAGCUUCUCCAUCCAGUACGGAACUGGCAGCCUCACCGGCUACCUCUCCACCGACACCGUCGACGUGAAUGGCCUGAGUGUCGCCAGCCAGACCUUUGCCGAGUCCACCAACGAGCCGGGCACCAACUUCAACGACGCCAACUUCGACGGCAUCCUGGGCAUGGCCUACGAGGCUCUGGCCGUGGACGGAGUGGCUCCGGUGUUCUACAACAUGGUGUCCCAGGGACUGGUUGACAGCUCCGUGUUCUCCUUCUACCUCGCCCGCGAUGGCACCUCCAGCCAGGGUGGCGAGCUGAUCUUCGGCGGUUCCGACGCGUCCCUGUACUCCGGGGAUCUGACCUAUGUGCCCAUCUCCGAGCAGGGCUACUGGCAGUUCGCCAUGGCCGGUUCAUCCGUCGAGGGCUACUCGCUGUGCGAUGACUGCCAGGCCAUCGCCGAUACGGGCACCUCCCUGAUCGUGGCUCCCUACAACGCCUACGUCACCUUGUCCGAGAUCCUGAAUGUCGGCGAGGAUGGCUAUGUGGACUGCUCCUCCGUUAGCUCCCUGCCCGAUGUCAUCUUCAACAUCGGCGGCACGGACUUCACUCUGACUCCAGCGGCCUACAUCAUCCAGUCGGAGGGCACCUGCAUGUCCGCCUUCCAGUACAUGGGCACCGACUUCUGGAUCCUGGGAGACGUCUUCAUUGGCCAGUACUACACCGAGUUCGAUCUGGGCAACAACCGCAUCGGCUUCGCCCCAGUCGCCUAAGUUACGAUCUUCGAUCUGUGAUCAAUAAAGCAACGAGUACCUUGAA